AUGAAGCCCCACAAGACGCUUCGAAAUAUCCUAGUCCACCCUAAGGAUAAGAUAACCAAAGAGAAUGUCGCAGAAUGCAUAUACAAGAUCGGGUGCAAAAACUGUGACGCGUCAUAUAUUGGAGAGACUGGAAGGCGAUUCGGGGUUCGCCUUGGGGAGCACCGGAAAGACACCGAAAGACAAGAGGAAAAGAAGUUCACCCGAUCAGAGAGGAAGCAGUCAGAGUCCCAGUUAAACAAAUCGGCAAUCACUGACCAUGCCAUGCAGGAAAACCAUGUGAUUGACUGGGAAAACUCAAAGGUGCUCGAUAGGGAGAACCAUCUUCUGAAGCGACAGAUCAAAGAAGCCAUCUGGAUACGCCGCAGCGGGGCAGUUCUGAACCGAGAUGAGGGGGCUCAUAGACUCUCGCACAUCUAUGACCAAGUAAUAAAAUAA